AUGAAAAUAAGUGGAAAGGUAUUGCUCAUCAUUAUCUAUAUCCUAGUGAUCAGCUUAGGCACCUAUUAACUUUAAAACAACCCAAGUUUCAUCAAGUUCAUAGAUGAAUAUGUCACUUUACUUAGAGACUAUGGUAUCGUCGGUAUGCUAGCUUAUGCAUUUAUGUCAGCUACAUUCACAGUAUUAGCAAUUCCACUAUAAUUUUUGGAUCUGGUUUUGGGAAUAGUAUACACCGUCUAGGAAGCCACACUAAUUCUUAUAAUUUCUAAAAUGAUGGGAGCAGGCAUGACUUUCUAUGCAGCCAACUAUCUUAUAAGCGAGCAAACUAGACAGAGUUAUAUGACUUCAAAGUAUCUUAAGGGGCUAUAAGAGCUAGUCAGACGUGAGCCUCUGAAGUAUGGGCUCCUUCUUAGAUUCGCAAGCAUUCCCAUAAUAGUUAGAAACUAUGGUCUAGCUCUACUGCCUAUCAACUUCUCCACUUAUAUGACAGUUACUUUCAUUCAAAGUGCUGUCACUUCACCAUUUUAAGCUUUCACUGCUUCACAAUUUUCCUCUUUUAUGGAUUUUGUUAACCAAAAUAAUGUUCCUAUUGAUGAGGACAAUAUGUUUGAUGAGGAUGGAAAUUUUAUACCACAAUAGAAAGCGGGAAAGGUAUCAAGUGGAAGCGUCUUCAUGCUUCUUGGUGGACUAUGCAUUAUGAUAUUUGUUGGCAGUAAAGUCAAGAAAGCUGUAGACAAGAUCAAUAGUGAAAGUGAAUUGAAAGAGCAAUUGUAAGAGCAAACUGAAAAGAAGACAUAAUGA